UCUUGAUUUAGGACUUUGCUGCUGAAAAAUGCUCCAUGGCGUACAGAGCACCUGAAUUGUUUAAUGUUGAAAGUCAUUCAUCAAUAGAUGAAAGAGUAGAUAUUUGGUCAUUAGGUUGUUGUUUGUAUGCCAUGUGCUAUUUCAAAUCGCCAUUUGAUGCAGCUUAUCAAAGAGGUGAUAGUGUAGCUCUUGCAGUCAUAAGUGGAGUGAUUGAAUUUCCAGAAAUCACACCGUAUGGAAAUGGUAUGCAUAAUCUCGUCAAAUCAAUGUUAGAAGUUAGUGCACUUCAAAGGCCAUUCAUUGAUGGGAUACUUUUUCAGAUUGACUCAUUACUUCCUGUUGUACAGGAUAGAGUGUGAUAAUAUUCUAGUUACUGGAACUAUGAAAUAAGAAUGUGCCAGAAACAGACUGCUGAAUAUGACUUCAAGGUGCAUUUUUUAUAUAAACGAUUAGGAAAAUCACCGAGUUAUAAAAUGCGUAUUAAAUACCAAAUACCAUUUUUUAUUGAAUAACCAGUGAAAUAAAAUACUUUAUAAUCUGAA